AUGACCGUUCAGACAGAAGACAAAAAGAGGCCCGACCCCGAUGCAUUCCUCCGCCACAGUGUGCACGACCUGCUGUCGCUCAAGGGCCGUACUGUAGUAAUCACUGGAGGCGCGAGAGGCUUAGGGCUGGCCUUUGGUUUUGCUGUGGCUGAGAGCGGCGGUCAUGUCGCCAUCAUCGAUUACCUCGAGACGCCGCACGAACAUUACUAUAAGCUCGAGAAGGAAUUCGGUGUGAAAGCUACCUUCGAUCAGAUUGUUCUGGACUUUGGCCGUAUUGAUGGACUGAUUACUGCAGCUGGCAUCUGUCCAGAUGAGCCUUUCCUUGAGCGUGACCCCGAGUCUGUGGCGCGCUGCUUCAAUGUGAAUACUCUGGGUACAUACUACGCAGCACAGCUAGCUGCCAUCCAGAUGGAUAGGCAAGAGCCCAACGAAAGAACAGGUGGCAAGGGCUCGAUUGUUCUGAUUGCAUCAGUGGCCGCCUAUGUUGCCAGUAAAGGCCAGACCACGAGCGACUACUGCUCCAGCAAAGGCGCUGUUGUAGCGCUGGCAAAGGCAUUGGGCGUUGAAUUGGCAGGCAAAAAGAUCCGUGUCAACAGCAUCUCUCCGGGAUAUAUGGUCACCGAUAUGACCCUCGACCUGUGCAAUCGCAUGCCGUGGCUCGCAGAGGUCAUGAACAACGAACCCCCAAUGCGCCGUAUGGGGGACCGCACCGACCUCAAGGUCCCAGUUGUCUAUCUGUUGUCUGAUGCCACAACGGAGAUAAUUCACUCGUUUUCCAAAGGAAUCCUGUACACAUAUUUGAGCGAAGCUAGUUUCCAUUCGUAUACCUUGAAAGUCCCUUCUCUCGGAUUGGGCACAUGGCAAUCCAAGCCAGGUGAAGUGCGUGCAGCUGUUCGUUACGCACUCGAAAAUGGCCACCGUCAUAUCGAUGCUGCAUACUGCUAUGGGAACGAGGAGGAAGUCGGGCUCGGAAUUCGAGAUGUGCUUCAAAUUGGAAAAUCUAGCCCCCAAAGACAUCUUUGUUACGACAAAUCUCUGCCAGUGGCCAUGAACCCGAACGGUAUGUCCCUCGAAACUACAGGUAGGGUAUGGCUCAUUUUGGGAAUUAUCAAAGGUAACCAAGAGAAAUUUCCGACUCGUGCUGACGGAUCCCGCGAUCUGCUACUUGAGAGAUCGCAUGUUUCGACUUCCAACGAUAUGGAAAAGCUCCUGGAUACAGGGAAGGUCGAAGCUAUCGGUGUCGCAAAUUACAGCGUCCGGUAUCUGAACGAGCUUCUGUCUCAAAAGUCAGUAAUUCCAGCGGUGAAUCAAAACGAGAACCAUGUUCUGUUGCCACAACAGGAAAUUGUCGAUCUAUGCAAAGAACAUGGGAUCCGUGUAACGGCAUACAGUCCGUCAGGAAGCAAUGGAAGUCCUCUGCUCACACUGCCUGUAAUCCAAGGCAUAGCAGAACGCAAGGAUAUCUCACCUUCCACAGUUUUACUCUCGUGGCUUGUCAAUUCCGGACGAUCUGUCCUGGCAAAGUCGGUCACCCCAACUCGUAUUGCAGCGAAGCAAAACCUCGUAGCACUAAACGAAACCGACCUCAAAGAGAUCGAUAUCUUUAUCAAGUCACUUUCUACUGCUCAGAGCUUUACUCGAUAUGUGUAUCCUGCAUUUGGUGUCGACUUUGAAUUCCCUGACAAGGCCUGA